CCAAUGGGAAUUCUGGGAGCAGACAAUUUAGCUAGUUUUAGGAGGGGGUUAUACAUUUAUGAUUGGGGUUAUAUAAAUAGGUUGCCUGUAGUAGCAGGAGACUGCAUUCAGUGAUCCAGGAGGUCCCUCCCAGUCCUGUGUCACUAACUGCAAAUAAGAAGGAUUCUUCCAUUACAAAAAUGAGACAUAAUCUGGUCUGUCAGACACCUCGCACUGUCACUGUUCGUAUAAAAUCGAGUGCAUCUAGAUCACAUCAACAAAAAAAGUCUAUCAGUCUUAAACGUCCUAUAUUUAAAGACAGUCAGGAAAAUUGUGAAAAAGAUGUGCACAGUAAUAUGUCUAAACGUCCAAAAGGGGCCUGUCUUGUUAUUCAGCGUCAGGAAAUGACUGCUUUCUUUAAACUAUUUGAUGAUGAUCUAAUUCAAGAUUUUUUGUGGAUGGACUGUUGCUGUAAAAUUGCAGACAAGUAUCUUUUGGCAAUGACUUUUGUUUAUUUCAAGAGGGCUAGCUUCAAUAUAAAUGAGCACACAAGACUUAAUUUCUUUGUUGCUCUGUAUCUGGCAAAUACAGUUGAAGAAGACGAUGAAGAGUCAAAAUAUGAAAUUUUUCCAUGGGCUUUGGGAAAAACCUGGAGGAAGCUCUUCCCUAACUUCUUACAUUUAAGAGACCAGCUUUGGGGCAGAAUUCAUUAUAGAGCUAUUGUAAGCAGACGUUGCUGUGAAGAGGUAAUGGCUAUUGCUCCAUCACAUUAUAUAUGGCAACGAGAACGUUCCAUGCAUCACAGUGGGGCUGUCAGAAAUUACAGCAGAGAUGAAGUGCAGCUGCCCCGUGGACCAACUGCCACACCAGCAGAUUGUUUGCUUUGUGGUAAAAAAGGAAGAUUUGUAGGACUGGGAUUAUCAUCCUCAUCAUCUUCAUCUACGGGGACUUUAGAAAUGAUGGAGCAACAUGUAUCUCAGGAAUUGAAGGAGACGUGCCCAGUUGAAAAAAUGCUAGUUGAUCCUUCUCCUUGCAGUGAUUCCCAAGAUUGCAACAGCAUAUCCUCCAAAGAGAGAAACAGCAGCUGCAUGAACCAAGACAAAUCUAUGGACUGGUUUACAGGAAAUGAAGAAUGAAAUGUUGGACAGGGGUUAUUAAACAUAACUCAAGAUUUCAACUUAUUACAAGAUAAAUUACAAAAUGUUUGUUUCUAACAGUAUUGCAUAGAUGUACCAUAGUUUACUAUUUUCUUAGAUUGUACAUAGACUAUUAAAAUAUACAUUCAAUAUAAAUCAAAGUAGUGAUAUAAAAAAAUUCACAAGUCUACAAAAUUAAACAGCCAUUUACAACAUUUAAUUUUAUUCUGGUAAAGUACAGAACU